AUGAACCAAGCCAACACCCAGUCGCGCAUCCAGUUCAUCGACAACUCUCUGAAGGCACUUCACAACUUGCAGACUUCUCGAACGCUGGUCUCGCACCGAAAGAGAUUCAGACCCUUCAUGUCUCUUCUCGACAUUAUUGGCGUAGAUGCAGCACAGCGGUCUUUUUGUAUUGCAUUUGCAUUCCUAAGCGGCGAGACAGAGCAAGACUACACUUGGGCCCUUGAGCAGUUAAAGUCACUGUACAAGCAAUGCAAUACUACUCUCCCAUCUGUAAUUCUUACAGACCGCUGCCUUGCAGCCAUGAAUGCAGCUUCAGCGCUCUUCCCUUCUGCUGCAACGCUCAUCUGCAUCUGGCAUGCGAACAAGGCAGUCCUUGCCCGAUGCCAACCAGCAUUCCCGGAGGCUGAGAAGUGGAAAGAAUUCUACGACUCUUGGCAUUCGAUCAUUAGUUCGCCAACAGAAGAGGAGUAUGCCAACCGACUUGCACAAUUUCAACAGAAAUACGCUCUUGAACACCCCAACGAGGUCGGGUAUAUCAAGACCACGUGGCUAAUCCCAUUCAAGGAGAAGCUUGUACGCGCUUGGGUUGACCAGUUAACUCAUUUCGGCAAUACAGCUACCUCACGAGUAGAAGGGAUCCACGCCCUCCUUAAGUCAUACUUGAGGAGAUCGACAUUCAACCUCUUCGAGGCUUAG